AUGGCGCGGGCGGCUUUCGUUUGGCUGGCGACCGCCUCGGCCCUGGAGAUGGCGCCGCGCUUCGUUCUGGACCUGAAGAAGCCCCCGGAGGAACGUUGGGAGGGCGCCGUGGAUCUGAUUUUGCAGCGCCACGGCUACGCGCACUCCUUCGCGCCGGUCUUCGCGGAGCACAACGCCACGCUCUUUGACCACCUCACUGCCGAGCACUUUGAGGCCUUGGGCCAAGCGGUGGAGCGGCACUUCCCCUCGACCGCUGCGGAGCUGAAGGGCCUGGCGCGGCAGUUCCAGGGGAAGGGCUUUGCCGUAAGCUUCCAGUACCUGGCCGCGUGGCUCUACUUCCACGAGCUCGCGCACAGCGACGCCAAGGCGACCGACUUGGAAGCGCGAGAGUGCACGGGCAUCGUGACGCAAGCUGCCGAUGGCUCCAUCCUGCACGUGGCCAACAUGGAUCAAUCCCCGCUUGCGGCACGCAACUUGACCAUCCGGGUGAGCGUUGUCAGCAGCAGCGGGGACUUGCUUUUCGAAGGAGUAGACUGGUACACUCUGCUCUCUACUGGCAUGAGCCGUGCAGUGAAGCGAGGAGUUGGGUCGGUGCAAGAGAACUGGCGGACUACCACGGUGCGGAAGCUGGAAGAUGUCAUGGCAGACAUUGAGCGCGGGGUGGUGUCGCAGAUGUUGGUCUUCCGCCACGCCUUUGAGAAAGAGGACGUCCUCACCUUCCCAGACUUCGUGGCCCACGUGACCCAGGUGCCACUGGCCGCCCCGUUUUACAUCGUGGCUGCUGGCACCAAACCUGGGGAGGGCGUCGCCAUUGCACGGAACCUCACCGGCGCAGACGGCAUCGACCAGCUCGCAGAUGCAGAUGACUUCUACUUGUGUCAGUGCAACACAGACAGGUGGCUCCCGGACGACGUGUUGGACCCCCGGCGCACUGCAGCGGAACGACUCCUGCGCGACAUGGGUCAAGCGGAGGGUGCCAUGCAGAUGGGACUUUUUGCAGUGUCCUCAGCCUACCCCGUGCACAACCCGCACACUGCCUACACGGCAGUGAUGUCCGCUGCCACAGGUGAGCUUCACGCGUACAUCCGAGAAGCAAGCUGCCCUCUACAUCCUGACGCAAGCAUCGUGCGAGACAGGCGCUACUGUUUGCACGCGGAAGAGCACGUCUUCCGAGUCUGA